AUGGCACUUAUCGAAACCGAUCCCACUGACCCUUUGUUAGAGCCCAUGCUUCGUCAGUAUGCGCCCUUGUGGUUCUGUUAUCUUCAUCGGGAUCCAGCUCAAGCUAUUGUGCAAAAUCUAGUGAAGAGGUGGGAAGGAGAGUUGAAGCAGGCUUUCGCGGCUGAGAGAAUCUGCCAGCAGAUCAAGCCUCGUUUACAGUGGGACCCGGUAAUACCUGGUAGCUUCCUGGACGAUGAUUGUGACAAUUCUGUGGAUGAUGUUUAUGUUGGUGAUGUGUCGGUGCAGGGUUUCACGAUGUCGGGACUGUCGCCCCUGUUUACUCCUCUGCCUCAAGGAUAUCCCAUGAUGCCCGGCCACUUCCUGUACGAUGAGGAUGAUGAUGUUGAUGUUGAUGACGAUGAUGGCAGAGUGAUCCAGGGCAAUCACUUCCAGGCGAUCAAUGAAGUCUCUCGCAUGGAUGAUGCAGUCUCAGCGCCUGCCACGCCAGCCUCUGCGAAUACCAACGAUAAGCACAGGAGGCCCUCGUCUCGGAGGAAAAGAUCAGUUCAAGCGCACCCAACGGCCAGAUGGCAGUUCAUUCCAUACAAUCUUCGCUCAGCGGACGACUUCCUCCACACCACCAUCAUCAGUCAACUCAAGGAAUCGGAGUUGUCAUCAGGCUAUAUCUACAUUCUACAACGACCGGACGACACAGAGUAUUUCAAAAUUGGCUAUACAACACAGGACCCGGAUUUUCGACUAGAGGAAUGGCGUCGAUCAUGUUUGUCACCAUAUAUACGGCUCUACGCUACCGAGCAGAUUGCAAAUGUCAAGCGCGUCGAGUCUCUCAUCCAUGCCGAUCUGCGGCCCGUCCGCUACAGUGAAUCACGCUGUAAACACAAUCUGGACUGCAGGGUUCAACAUACUGAAUGGUUUAAGGUCAGUUUUGACAAGGCAAAAGCCGCCGUUGAUCACUGGGCCCGAUGGAUGACCGCGCUGGAGCCCUACGAGAAUGGCUUCCUCAAGGCCAAGUACGUACUACAGAUGUUUCGCGAGGAUGAGGAUGCCGGCUUCGAUGGAGAUGGAAUCUCGGCGCUCUUUCUCAAUGACUCGGAUGGGAAUAGCUGGGUCGAGCAUGCGCAGGUUCUGAAAGAUUCGAAGAAGGAUGAUACCCCCACGGCGAGUCCUCCUAAUCAAAACAGUAUGGAUUCUAUGCGCAACCAGGGCCGACAACCACCUCCCUGCGCUCCCACUCUGACUCCGGUUGAGAGUUCGAGCCCGCCAUGCCUAGGGUCCGACAGCCGCACAUCAUCGUCGUCGACUGCAUCGUCAUUAUUCAGCAUUGUAUCAACCUCAUCGUCGGCCUCGGAGAUCACCGUCACUGCAGCACGCAUUGGCUCUGAUCGUUUGUCGUCGAAGCCAACUAGGCGACGUAUCUUUCAUCCCAAAGACCGAUCACUUCCGUCAAAGUCGCCUGGAGACGAACGUGAUGAUUCAAACGUGUUGCCUGGCGCUUAUUCACCAGGCUACGAUGUAAAAGUGGGCGUAAAUGACCCUCCAACACCGUCGAGGCCCCACUCUCACAGCGAGAAGAGAAGAUAUCCAGACGUACAAUCAUUAAACUCAAAAGGGACUCCCAGAUCGUCAGAACAGCCAACUCCACGGAGAGGCCCUAUCCUACCGGCAAGAGAAAAGGACCGCCUCAUAUCAUUCGCCAUGGCCUCUGCCACCAGCAGAGGAAUACCCGCACUUAAACGCCCCUCAACCGCGUCGGUUGCUGGCACAUGUCCAGCACCAGCUCCGUCCCCCUCACAACCUGAUCUUCUGACACUCAAAGCCAGAGAGUUAGCCGCAGGAGGUCGCCCGCAUUGCAGAGCUGUAUCCAGUCCUGCGAUCCUAGUGCAACAUUCCCACCACGAGCACCAGCACAACGUUGUCGAGAACGACUUGCAGAGUGUAUACACCAACGAUAAGGAGCCAAGAGACAAUGCAGUAGAUGUUCAUAAUCGUGAGGAUGAAAGUACGGGUAGCCAUCCCAUCUCCAGUACGGACUUGAGCGAGUCAAAUGCGAGUCAUUCAGCUGAUGGUGAGAUCGAGAGCGAUAGCGACGAUAUGGACACAAAUGAUGACGAAGAAGAUGGAGUGAUUAAUGGCAAAAGUUGUAGCGAUAUUGCCAGUGAUUCUGAGGGUGAUAGCGAUGAGCGAUCCACGGGCGAGGAUGGGAUGGACACAAAUGACGAAGAUGAACCUAGCUACGAGGGAUAUGAUAGCAAUGGCGACGACAGCGCUGACGACGGCGACAAUGAAUGCGACGACGAGUGA